AUGUUCCCUCUCUCCCUCCUCAGCCGUGGAAAUGGGCGAGUAGUACAGAGCAAACAGAAGAAAUUGGAGGUCUACUUGGAACCAGAGGAUUAUUUGAAUUUGACACCCCAAGGCAAACCCCUGAUCAGGAGAUCCCAGGAUGAGGCACAAACCACAUACACCCUUCCUAGAACUUAUAGCACCAGAAAAGGUGUCUUACUUCUUUAUUCAGAAGACUUUGCUCGGCCAUCGUGGAAACAAGAAGAAAGAAAAAAAGGUCCCUGUCUCUACCGUCGCCAAAAGAAGAAGUUAGGUUUUGCUCUGCAUACACUCAAAGAUCUGAGAACAGCCAUACUGGCAUAUGGGAGUGAAGGGAAGCAACCCAAGGACCAGAGUUGGCAACCGUACUUACAUUUCCUAAGUAAUUCAAAUAGCCAGCCUGAACAACAGAUCCGUCCAGGCUAUUCAGCCAAGAGGUACCUCCUCAGACUCUUUCAAAAUUGGACUCCAAGCACUUUGUACAAGCUGCAGUGUUCAGGGUGUUUCAGGGACCCUAGGUUGUUCCAGGACAAUCAGCUUUACUUUCCAAAUCACAUCAGGAGGCAACAGGAUCUCUCAGCUAUACCAUCAAAAUACCGUCUCCUGCCUGUUCACCCUUCAGUCUCUCCUUUCUGGACUGAGAAAGAACAACAGUCUGAUGAUGCAGAUGAAAGUGACUCUGAGGACUCUGAGGACAGUACCAUGGAGAAGGAAUAUUUCAGAGUUGAGAAAUAUUGGAAGGAAAACACUCUACUGCCGCCACUGAAGCAGAAAUCACCAGGGAAGGUCGCUUGGCUGGAUGAUGAAGAUCAUAAAGAGUGGACUCUCUGUUCAAAUCCUUGUCCUGGCGCUUACAGCCAGUAUAAUGCUUUUUCUCACCUGGAAGCAAUUCCUCAUAAAAGAAAGAAUUCAAGGAAAAAAAGCCACAAGAUUCAGAAGAAAACAUCUAAUGCCAGAAGUCCCAAAGACUUUUUAGGGGAUGAAAUCAACCAGGGAGACAUCCCAAAAGCAAUCAAAGGAAGUUCUCUGGACCCAGAACCUGGAAACAUGCUGAUGGGGCCUGCUGGAGACACUGCUUGCCAGGCCCUCUUGUGUUCUGUCCAAAGCAUGAACCUCCCUUUUCAGCCUGACUUUGCAUCAGGUGAAGUAUUUCCUGCAUUGGUAGAUUCAACUACCAAUCUUGUUGAAGAGUGGCCAAGUGAUCAGCAUGGCAGGAAAGGAAAUUUUCAUCUAGAAACUAGUCUUCAUGUGAAUGUCUGUGAAACUUCUUCAUCCUUGCCCUCAAUGCCAGAAGAGAAGGAGAAAAUAAAGAAAAUAGCUAAAAAAUGAACAACAUAUACAUAUAUGGAAAAUAACAAUUUUCAGGGAGCCCCUCAGUCCUUGGAGGCAGCUGUGCUGAAGACAGGAGAGUCUCAAAGUUUUAUAAAUAAAGAGCUGGAAAAUAAAAGAGAACCGGAAUAUCAGAAAGAACAACCAAGCACUGUCACAGAAAACCAACAAUAUGCUCUCGGAAAUGAAAGCAUUACCCUGACAGUUAGAAUAGAGACUGAGAAGCUAUAUUCAGAUUAUGAUACAUUUCCAGAACCUCAGGGACCAAUACAAGAUGAUGGUUCUUCCUUGCAGCUGGAUCCACCACCGUCCCUUUCUAUCAUGGAAAUUCAGACUAAUGGCAGUUCAACAAAAGGAGCUGGCACUGGACCUGAGCUUUGGGGGAAACUGGGAAUUCUAAGAGGCCAAGAGGCUGAGAAACCGAGGAAUGAAAUCUCUGGAUCAUUUGACACUUCAGAAUUGGAACAAAACCUGACCCCUCGGGCAGACACCAUCAAAGACUUAGGUGAAGACAAUGAAAUACUACACCAUCUCGCAGAACCUCUAGGAAACGUCGCAAUGCCCCCAAAGAUGGCGGGAAGUAGGAAGAACCGAACUGAGAAGCAACCUCUCUCAAGAAGCAGAAAAGGGAAGGAUGCGCCCCCAAAACUCAGCAAGCAGGCUGAAGACAGGCUCAGCCCUGAGAGACAGAUGCCUGAGAAAACCAAAAGAAGAAAAAGAAAUGAAGUCAACAAGUCUAAAGCUCCUAAUGCCAGCAAAGGAGAAAAGAUUAAAAACAGAGCAGAGUUUGUUGGAGGAAAGCCAAAGAAACAAAAAAUUGAAAAUAAGACAACCUCCAAGAAAAAAAAGCCAAGGGCCAAGAGGAAAGAGAUGGGGCAAAAGAUCAGGGCUCUGGAGAUAAGGCCAGAACAAAGUAACUCUUUAUCCACAGAGGAGCCAUCUGACGAAGAUAGUUCUUUCUCAGCCUUCAGCUUGGAGGACUUUGAAGUUCCUCUAAAAUUUGAUGAUCCAGAAAGUCAAGUUUCUAGAGAUGAAAAAUCAUCUCCUACCCAGCCUACAAGUGCCACAGAAAACAUAGGUUCUGAAGAAGACCAAAGUGCUGACACUUCCAAGACAUCCCCUGUCACCCAGCGUCAGGAGAAAAUCCCCCGGGAAAGGAUUCUCGCAGAAAGAGCAGAGAUGAGGCUGCGAGAGGUGGAGCGGAGGAGAAAGGAGAAGGAGGAGAAGAAGAAGCAACAGCUAGAAGCGCAGAAAAGACUCGAGAAGCUAAAGGAAGAGCUCGAGCAGGAGCAGCAGAGGAGAACCGAGGAGAAACGGUUGGCUGGCCUCGAGUUCCAGCUGGCGGGGAGGUGUCGGGAAGCAAAAGGACAAGGGAUGGCCGGGCCACAGCCAAGGGAGUCUGGGUUCUGGGCUCUUUCCACGGAGUAAGGGGGUCUGACUUGUCUCUAUUCCUAGAGAACA